AUGGCUUCGCGACCGCGCCGCUCGGCGGCCAAGAAGGCGCAAGAACAAAUUACUGACUGGGCCGAUAGCGAGCGAACAAGCAGCAUGUCUACCCGUGCUCGCCGCUCAGAUGGCCGGACCUCGGGCGUGUCCCGCGGCCCGCCCUCGUCACCAGGAAGUGAGCACCUGAACCUCACUGUCAAGGUACCCGCGAACAAGCUUCGCGAGGCCACCAGCAGGGGGCGGAACUCGACGGGAAACAGCAUUUCGGUCAACAGCGAGGUCGUUGCCGGCAGACGCAACCGCGAGCUCGACAGCGAUCUGGGCAGUCGUGAGGGCACACCCGAUUUGACCAAGAUGACGAGGAGACAGCGGGCUCGCUUCGAGGACGAGCCUCAGCAGUAUAUGAAACUCUCAGACGAGGUCCAAGCAAAGAAGGUCUUCACUGCUGAAGAAUUAUCUAUGAGAAGGGCAGAAAUGGCACGUCGACGACGAAACCUGUCUGACAAGCGCAACGAAGAAGUCAAGGCAAGUAUUAUUAUUAUGGAAACCAUCAACAAGCUUUUGAAGAAACAGGCGCCCAAGACCAAGGGCAAGGGAGCCAAUGGCGAGGACACGCCCGGCGGCGGCUCAUCGAAGCCGGAUGUCGCCUUUGUCCGCUGGGUCAACUCCAAGAAGGGCAGCAUCGUUGCUGUUCCUGAGGAGAUUAUCGGAGGACCGACUGGCAAGGUGUUUGGACCUCCAGGUCUGAAAUCUGGCAAGAUGGUUGAGGAAGUCGCAUAG